CAGAGCUUUUAACAAGAAUGCCUCACCAUUACCGUACUCUUUCUUUCUCUCUCUUUCUCGAGCCCCAACAUUCUUCACUCACCUGCCUCUUCUCUCUCCCUUGUCUCCAAUGCAAAUGUCUAGUCAACUUAUGCUCUUUCAUUUCAUUUUACCAAAAAUACUUUUGUAUUUUCACUUCUUUUAGGUGUAGAGAGAGAGAGAGAAAGAUAUUUUCUGCUAAUGGUACACUUUUUAAGGAUUAGUAUUAGUCCUUAAUUAAACCACUUCCUAAUAACUGCAUUUUUUUAUGUUCUUUUUUCUUCUUACUUGUUUGUUUGUUUGUGUAACUAAUGUUGAAAUUCUGAAACACAGCUCAGAUAUGAAAAUUAUUGCUUCUGGUUUUCUGUAAAAGCUUUUUCAUUUUUGUCUUAAAAUGACGAAAUGGUUUUACUGAAGAAAAAAAAAACUUUUCUUUUUUUGUUCUUGUUUGUUAAAGCUUGUUUUUUUAGAAACCCAUUUGAAACUUGAAAAAGUUCCUUCUCUCUAUCUGUGAAAGUUCCCUCCUUUUUGUCAGAGAAAACAGUAACAACACAUUCAACCAAGCAAGAGCAAGAACCUUUCUUUCUUUCUUUUUUGUUCAAUCUUCUAAAGAAAAAACCAAACUUUGUUGAAGAUAAGAGAAAUGGGUUGUGUUGCUUCCAAACUAGAGGAAGAAGAAGAAGUUGUAGCUAUCUGUAGAGAGAGAAAACGGCAGCUGAAAUUAGCUGUAGAGAAAAGAUAUGCACUUGCUGAAGCUCAUUGUAAGUAUUUUCACUCUUUGAAUGCAGUAGCUGCAGUUAUUAAGCUCUUUGUUGCAAGACAUUCUUCACCUUCUUCACCUUUUCUUAUAACUUUUCCUCCUAAGGGUUUUGACCCUUCUUCUCAUUCAUCAUCAACAAAUGAAAAUGUCAUAAAUAACCCUAUGUUCCUUCAGCAAACACCAUCUGAGACAAAACAUGAAUCUAUUGCUGCUUGUGAUUCAUGCAUUGUUUCAACAACAUCCUCAGAGUCUUCUGAGGAUGAGGGAGAGGCUGAAGAAGGUUGUAGAGUAGAGCAGAAUGAACAACAGGCAAGUGAGUAUUUCUACAUGCAUAUGCCUAUGAAUAUGAAUAUGAACAUGCCUAUGCAUAUGUCUAUGCCACCACCUGCAAUGCCAUCUCCACAGAGAGAUUUUGGUUGGGAUUUCUUUUACCCUUUUGAUAGUGUGAGGCAAGAGGUUAUGAGUGGCUACCAUAGGAACUCAGAUGAUGAUUUGAGGGCAGUGAGGGAGGAAGAAGGGAUUCCUGAGUUAGAGGAUGAAAUGGAAAGGGUAGAGAUUGAGCAUAAGGUGGCUGUGAGUGUUGAGGAGAAGAGUAAUAAUGAAGGUGGAGGACAAGUUGUGAAUAAUGGCGUUGAAGCCGCUGCGAAGGAGGUGGAUGUGGCUAAUGAAAAUGUUGGAGAGCAAAAGGGGCUUGCUGUUCUUGAUACACCUGCAGAAGGGAGAGAGUUGCUUGAAGCUUUGAAAGAUAUUGAGGAUCAUUUCAUUAGGGCUUAUGAGUCUGGUAAGAAUGUGACAAAGAUGCUUGAGGCUAAUAGAAUUCCUCUUCAUUCUAGUUUGGAGGAAAUCAAAGAAAGCUCGUCCAAACUAAUCAAUGCAAUAACAUGGAAGUCCAUGUCAUCUAGGCAAUCAUCAUGCAAGAGUUUGGUGGUUCAAAAUAUGAAAGAUUCUUCAAAUUGGGUGGAAUAUAAGAAUGAUCUGUUUGAUGAUUAUGGAGGGAUGGAUUCAGGAAGUCAUUUAUUAACAUUAGGAAGGUUAUAUGCAUGGGAAAAGAAACUGUUUGAGGAGGUUAAGGCUGGAGAUAGCACACGGAAAAAUUAUGAUAAGAAAUGUGCGCAAUUGAGAAAUAAGAAUGUUAAAGGAGAUGAUGAAUUAAGCAUGGACAAGACUAGAGCUGAUAUGAAGGAUUUAUAUGCUGGGAUCUUGGUUGCAAUUCGACGUGCAGAAACAAUCUCAAAGAGAAUUCAGAAAAUGAGAGAUGAAGAAUUACAACCUCAAAUUGUUGAACUACUGAAAGGCCUUACACAAUCAUGGAAAAUCAUGUUGGAGUCGCAUGAAACACAAAAGAAGAUUCUUUCUGAAGUCAAAUACUUCACAUGUCCUGCAGACGGCAAAUUUUGCAAUCAAUCCCGUGGAUUGGCAACUCUUCAGCUUGAAGCUGAGCUUCACCAUUGGCGCGUGUGUUUUAGAGAGUAUACUGCAGCUCAAAAAGCAUAUGUAGAAGCUCUUUAUGGAUGGUUAAAUAAGUUCAUAGUCCCUGAAGUUGAAUUCUACUCAAGAAGCAAAAAUGUUGGCAUGCCAAUGCCAUUUCAAGUUAAUGGGCCGCCGUUACUUGUGAUAUGCAACAAUUGGUUAAAUUCUAUGCGAAAGUUGCCUGAUAAGACGGUAGUACUUGCAUUGAAAAGUGUUGUGAAAGAUGUGAAAGCUCUUUGUAUUCAACAAUGUAAGGAACAACAACAGAAGAGGAAAGUAGAGAGCUUAUCAAAAGAUUUAGAUAGAAGAUAUCUAGGAUCAUAUAAACUGAAGACAAAGAUGCUUGAAUUGCAAGCAACAGAUCAUAGAUCAGAAGAGGAAACCGAAGAAGAAUGCAUGAUGGAGAAAGGUGAUUAUUUGGAGACACUGAGGAGAAAACUCGAGGCAGAGAAGGAGAAGCAUUACGGAUGCAUUCAAGAAACACAGAGGAUGACAUUGAAUGGAAUGCAAUAUGGAUUUUCCCAAGUACUUGAAUCUUUGACAGAGUUCUCUAAAGCAUCGCAGAAAAUGUACAAUGAUCUUGUGACUUUCAGUGAAAAUAGUGAGAAAGCCGGGAACAUUUCGUAUAUAGAAGGUGGUUGCAAUGCGGAAAACUGUAACAGCCAAAAUGAACAAUAGAGUUGUACUAGUAUUAGUUAGGGUGAUAUUUGUUCAUUAAGGGGUGCUUUAUCAUGUUAUUAUUAUGUUAUGAUUACGUUCGGUGUUAUAUGUCGAAGCAGCUCGCUGAGACAUCAUUGAUUUUAAAGGCAUUUGUUUAGUUGCUCUGAGUGCAGACAUCAAUUUUUAAUGUAUUUGCACUAUUAGUGUUGGUAUUGUUGUUGAGAAUGUCCUCUAAGUUGUAGUACAAGUUAAUAUACUUUAAACUUUGUACUAAUUUAUUAUUCUUCCUUAGUUAUGAGCUUGGGUCCUAACCUAAGUGCUUGGUUUUUACCUUUUCAUCUUUUAUACAUCACGCUGGAUAAAUGAGACUUGAGACAAAAAAACAAA